ACCUUCCCUGGUGGGCGAGGUUAAAGCUAAGGGAAUGUGUGUGAGAGGAGACAGUCUCACUCAGUGUGAGACAGCAGCAAAGGUGCUGCACGGCAGUCACUGAGAGGUGGUCCUGUGGUUAACUCUUUCAUCACCAGUACAGCGAGGGCCUACCCGAGGAAAAGAGUCCCAUGUAACACAUGCUCUACCGGGAGUUGCUGGGGGUUGCGACUGGUUGAGUCCCAGCUGGAUAAGAAAAGGAAGAAUUCUUGAUCAGUCACCCAAAAUGAGUCAGCCAUCCCAGCUUAUGAGUGAUCCAAUCAUCAAUCCAGCAGAGGGUAAAUCCGUGCCUACACCAAAUCCAGCUGUGCCGCUUCCUGUAGACCCAAACUGGAGCCUUCCAGCGAUCACAGAAGAUGUUGCAAAAGAAUCUUUACUGGAGUAUGCCUCGGAUAAGUUAUGUUAUGGCACCUCCCCAGCAAAAAAUCUGGAAGUCAAAGAGCUCAGGCCCUUUAAUACCUAUAGGUACCGUCUGGAAAGCUUCACAGAAUCACGAGUUUUUGAGAAGCAGAUUAAACCUUAUGAAGGUGAGAAAGAUGACAAAGGAGCCAAAGUUCCAAAAUCUCCUUGGGAAAUCCCCGUACGAUGCCCAGUCCUCUUUAAGGAUGGUGAGCAGAAAAUGCCAGUUGUUGGCACAACCUCUAUUAAGACCUGUGAUCUUUGCAAAGGGAAAGGCACAGUCACAUGCGGAGAGUGCUCCGGCUCUGGCACGGUCCAGUGUUCCGCAUGCUAUGGGAUAUUAAGAACAGAUGAAGUGUGCUCCAGCUGCCAUGACUUUGGAACCCAAAACUGUGUGUGCUACAAGGGAAUUCUUCUUUGCAAUGUCUGCUCUGGCAAAAAGCAAGUUGCGUCCUUUACUCAGAUGGUUAUCACAUGGAAAACUGAGACUUAUGAGUUUGUAGCUGAUCACAACACAGAUUUCCCUACAGACAAGUUCAAGAAGGUGCAGGGAGAGAAAAUCUUUACAGAUGAGCAGCCAUUGGUACCUCCGAUAGUUAAUUUCCAUAGACAGUCCAUAAAUACAACAUCUCAGGAGGCUUUGGAAUAUCAUCAGUCCGAGCUCUCUUCUUCAAGCCGUAUGUUGAGACAGAGACAAAGCAUUGAGUGGCUGCCCCUAACACGAGUGCAUUAUGAAUGGAAGGAGAGUGAGUACUCAUACUAUGUGUAUGGCAAGGAGAACAGAGUGUACGCUGAGAAAUAUCCACAGAAGUUCCACUGCUCAGUCAUGUAAACUGCAUUGGGGGUGUCACCUGGAACUUAUCUACACAAAGAUUUCUAUGUUUGAUUAGUAGUAGUAGAUUGCCUGAAUACUGGAUUUAUUCUGUGUGUAAGGGCUUGUAAUGAUGAAAAUCCCUUAUAUUCGGAAUCCUUUGGUGAGGUGCUAAAGCUGGCGCACUAUGGUGUGCAAAUGUAAGGAGCACCGGCUGUACAUUCACUGAUACACCCAGCUCAGGGGGGAACAGGCAGCACUGUAAUUAGCACCUACACUGAGCGAGCAGUAAGUACAGGGCUUCUGAUAUACAGUACAUUGCGUCUACAAAUGCUUUUUCCAUACAUAGUGUGGACAAGCUGCACCAGUGGCCUUUUCACUACCUGACAUGUACGGAGCCCUGACUGUUCUUUCUACAUAGCCCUUACUGCCUUGUAUGGCACCCCAACUAACUCUAACUCUGUCAUUAGUAAGGAUUUGUCCACUUGGCGCCCAAUACAUUUUUUCUCUUUAGGGCCUGCUUAUUCAUGUCAGCCCUUUAUCCUGGGGAAAUCAGCUGACUCUGCUUAUAAUGGUGGGGCUACCCUAUGCUGUCUCUCUGCCUUUAUCCCAUUCUAUUACCCUUCCUGUUUUCCACAAUCAUACAUUUUUUGAAUCUCAUAAUAAUAAAGAAAAACCUUUGGGAACAGA